ACGUCUGACGUCACCAUUAGGGUGUAAAAGUGUAAACAUUUUACUGUUUAUGACUGUUUUGGUUAGUUUUAGUUUUGUUUUCGUCUAUUAUCGGCCACAUUAAUUGUUUUGUAUACGUUUAUUUUUUGGAAGGAAUAAGUUUUUAACUUAAUUCAAUCAAACCUCAAGAUGGUUGCCCUAAAGACUUGUUGGUCUCCGUGCAUCUGGAAUCCUGAUGUCAAGUCGGGCAGCAAGUGUGUUGCUGUCUAUUCAUUCGCUGCCAGCAUUAUUUUGAUCACAUUCACGGCCUACAUGAUGCUUGGAGGAGAUUCGACUCAAAUAUACCACCCUCUAUUUGAAACUGACAUAAGAAACUCUAUGCAGUACUAUGGCUGGAUGUUCAUCAUAUACUUGCUGCUACUGAUUGGUGCGUCUGUUCUGAUGGUUCGAGGCAUCGACCUCACUCACCGAGGUCUCAUGCUGCCGUGGCUCAUACUUGUCAUGUUUCUCAUCAUCCUACAAUUCCUCUUCAGCAUAUGGCUGGUGUACGGCUACUACAUUUACCUGGCCAUAAUUCCUCCAGCAAUAGUCAAUUGGAUGUGGAUGGGAUAUAACAUCUAUUGCUGGUUGUGUGUAUACUCGCAGUACCAGAUUAUUUACGAGAUGCAGAUGCCCAACAUUGAGUUACUCUAUCCGUAAGAGUCCUUGCCAUAAGUUGUAUAGAUUAUCAUCAACAUACACUGUAAAGACUUUGCUUCGCAACACUGAACAUGUAGAUAUUUACUCUUAACUAUUUCAAAAGCUAUUUUCUAGAAUAAGGUAGCAGAACAAAUUGUAUAGCCAAUGUUCAAUUUAUUUUUUUAAUCAUCUUAACUACGGUACUCAAUUGUUUUACUUAAAGUGUGUUAAGAGUCUAAAAAAAACUAUUGUUUUAUACUUUUAUCUGUAAUGCUAAAAUUAAUAUAAAAUAUCCGCAUUUUAUAUUAAUUUUAGCCCUUUUAUAAGAUUGUAUUGUCAAAAUACCUACGGAAUUUUUUUAUUGUUAACUAUUUUUUUGAAAACUGUAUUUGGUUUGAUUUGCUACUGGAUGACUAGUUAUAAAACAAUUUGGGACUUAUGUGCAUGUCAAGAUAUUAUUGUAACAUUUUUCAGUGUUUGUAGUUCUUAAAACCUUAUACAAAUUUUUUAAAACUUAGUUAAAAUUAGUUUGAAAUAUGACAUGAUGAUUUUUAUGAUAAAUAUUGUCGUAAUAAAAAUUAGUUUAAUCUUUACCGUUCUUAAAUUUAUUAUUUUGCUUUAGUCUAUAAAGAUUUCUGACCAAUUUUGAAAUGAUUUGCAAGUGUAGCCAACACUUAGGCAGUGGUAAAAAUAGGUUAUUUUUAACUGAUUAAAUGGUCUUUUUUUACAUGCCAUGAAUAAAUAGAAUAUUUAUGAAUUUUUUGUACAACAAGUAAAUUUUGUCAAUUUAAAAUGGUAGAUAUUUUUGACUAGAUGUUCGUGUGGUAUUGUAAGUUUCACAUCACAGUAGUGUUCUGCUAGUAUUGUUUUAGAGAAUGAAUCUUUUUCUGAUGCAUUAAGGACCAUAAAUGUAUAACACAUGUCAUUUUGUGUUAGCCUUUUUUGGACAAGAUCAAUUGUGAAAAUAAAGUGCCUUGGGGACCGAAAUAGUGUGUUUACUCGGAAAUUAGCAAAUUCAGCAGAAAAGUCGUUGGGCGGGUGUUGAUUUUUAGAUCCAUCUUUAAACAUAUUAAAACCCAAUUUCCACGCCCCUUGAAUUACUUAUCAGUACUUUUACUGCUUCGUAGAUAUGUUUCCCUAUCUCCAAAAACUAGAUGUCCCAAAAAUAAAUAAUGAAGGAAGACAGAUUUUCACUGCCUGCAAUUUAAAACCAGAUUUGUGGUUUUAAAAUAAAAUAAUCAACAGUAGAAUAACUAUUGACUGCUAGGUAGAUUAGGUUAAGGUAUUACUAAUUUUAAGUUAAGAGCAAUGUAGAGUUUAAGCUAUAUGUGCAAAUGAAUUUUAUCAAAACUCUUAAAGAGUCAAGAAUAAUAUAUUUUUAGCUUCUACUAAGCUCUUGUGAAUUGACCUUAGGUCAUUUAUAUGUUUCAUAAAAAUAUCAUUCCAUUAAUACUUUGUUCUCCAAGAAAAAAGUAUGCAUUCAUUCAAACAUGGUUUUGUGUGAAUAAAAACUUGAAUUGUAAAUAUUUAAAAAUUGGGUUUCAAAAAUAUAACAAAUGCAAUUUUUGUGUAUUUUUAGGUAGCAUAAAAUGAAUUUUUAAAUAAUACAAAUACAUUAAAACUAGUGGCUUGUAGGGGCAAUAGCCCCUAUAUUCUAGUAAUUAUUUUGUACAAAUUAUUAGUCUCAUGGGUUAAACUAACUUGAAUUAUCAUUUAACAUUUUGUAUAUUAUGAUAUGUACAAUAGUUAUUACAAACCUGCAUAAUGCAUUUUGAUGUCAGCUCUGUUUAAAAUAUAAAUUCCAAAGGACAUGCGGACCGCAUGAUGCGGUGUGUUUAUAAUAUAAACUUUCUAACUUCUUCAUUGGUCCUAAUGCAAUCUCAUUUCAAAGUUAAAUUCAUGUUCAUCCGAUGCUCAUCUAUUCUUCUUCCAUUAAUACAGUAUCGUGCCAAAUGUGGCACCUGUUGUUCUCAUUUUGAGGAACAAUACCUCUACGUGGUAGUAUUUCGACAUUAUACAUUAUUACUGUGUAAAAGAACAAUCCAUUGUAAAGUAAACAGUUGAAAAGGAUCAAAUUGUUUGUUCAAAAGAUUUUAUUAUCUAAUUUUCCCUUUGUGUUGUUUACUACUUCACUAACAAUUUUUACAAUAACAAAAUAAUGCACUAUCAGGUGUGGUAGUAUUUUUUUCAAUUUAUAUAAUCACAGCUGUGUUUACACUAAAUAAAAAUACCCCCACUAUAUUAGAUUCCCAUGCUAUUUAAAUGUGAAUUAUUUUAUUCCGUAACAACCUUUUGGUGCAUAAUUAAGAAAGAUGAAUAAUUUUCCCCAAAAUUUCAUGCCCAGACCUUUAAAAUAAAACCUCUCCCAGCUUUCUAGGGCCUCCCGUUCGCUCACAAUUUCAUUGUAAAAUUUUGGGCUUACGGAAUUAGAUAUAUAGAUGUUACACUUACUAUAUUAAUAGAUGCAAGUUAAAUAGUGCAUUACAUUAAGAAAGACUGCAAUAAUAUUAAAAAAUCUCAUUUAAUUCCGUCCACUCGUACAAGCACUUGCUUUGAACAGUAUUGCCUUGGUUAAUCACAAAUUAAACAGAUCUGAAAUAUGUUGAUCUUGUUUUUAAGCUGUGUUAUGAGGCCAGUAGAGUAGGCAGGUUACUUGCCUAUAAUCACAGAAAACGUACUACUAUAACCCAGAAUGC